UGGUUCUUAAUUAUUAAUUGCUAGUUUUUGACUACAUUGCAUGUAGAUCCAGGGCCGUCCUUGGGGGGUGCAGCUGGUGCGUUCACACCUGGCCCCGCACCUGAGGGGGCCCGCGGUGAAUUGACCAAGGAGGACUCCCCCCACCAGAACGCAAUCGCUCCAGGCACUCCCUACCUUGCACCGGACCCCACGUCAGCUAAGGACGGCCCUGUUUAGAUCAAAACAAUAUGCUAAUAAAUACAUGCAAAAUCCAAUUAUGCAAAUACAUGUAAACAUCCAAUAUCUACUUUGUUUAAAAAUAGAACAAGAGAUGGUUUUGUUUAAAACAGUGAAUGUUGCUUCAAACAAAUGAGCAGACCUCACCUAACCAAGUUGCCUGUAAAGUUGAAUAGCCUAUUACAUAUCAUUUUGGCUGAAUUCAUAAUGCUUUUAGCAAACAAUAAGAGUAUUAUGUGCCUGCUCAUUAGUCCAGAUUUGCUGUGCUUUGGGUAACGUGUAGCAUAUACUGUACACUAUGGGGCUUGUUCUAAUCCUUAUUUUGUUGUUGCACCACAACCUUGUGCAACCAGUUUAAUUCCACCUUGGCUUCACACAUUGUUUAGACCAAUACUUGGAGAAAAACAAACUUUCUUUCCAGUCAUAUGGAUGAUACAAUCUGCAAUUAAGAGAUUCUUGGAGACCUUCCUGUUGUAUUCAACCCCCUCCUUUCCUGAGAGGAUGUCCUGUCAGUGUGAUGGUGGAGAAACCAGGAGAGGGAGAGGGAAGAGCUUAUUUUGCCCCACAGCCCAAUGUAUGGCUAGAUCCCACUCAAAGUUCCAGUUAAGCGAAGCCUCCGGUGAUAUUUCUCCAGGACUGCUUCUACCGAGGGGUCAACCCUAAGAGCCUCAUCUUUGGUAAUAGCAUAGCAAGACCAUGACGUACGAUCUACACAACUCGUCGUAUGACUUCUACAAUGGCACUCCGUGGUUUGUCUAUGAAUGCACCGUCCACCUAGACGAGGAUGGCCGACGGAUCGCUCUUUUCCUCCUUUACCUAGUGCUCUUCAUGGUAGGGUUGGCUGAAAACACUCUGGUGGUGUGGGUGAACUGGCGAAGGCGGCAUUCGGCGAAUGGUGUGCUGUUCUGCGUCAUCAACGUGAGCUUGUCCGACUUGAUGGUGAUCUUCACUAUGCCCUUCUUCAUGCUGGAGGUGACCAUGAACAAGGUUUGGCUGUGGGGGCGCUUCCUUUGCAAGGUCACGUACCUAGUAUACGUCAUAAACUUCUACAGUAGCUCAUUCUUCCUGGCCUUCAUGACCUUGGAGCGAUACCUGUCCCUGACACGGCCCAACAAGCCCGCCUGCUUCCCAGUGCAGCACAAACGCCGCUGGAUUCUCUGCGCUGGGAUCUGGCUACUGUCGCUCUUUCUGGCCUUGCUAGAAAACGUCCACGUUGACUUGUUGGAGUGGGACGAACCAGGUUGCUACAUGGUUCCCGAGCAGUACUUCACGGAGUGGUUCGUAUCGGUUUCCUUCCUCUGUCUGAUAUUCCAGUUCCUGGGUCCGGCGUCCAUCAUCAUCACUUGCAAUGUCCUGAUCGCUCGAGCCGUCCGCACAACCCCGGAUGUCCAGAAUCGUCGGGAUGUGUGGCUGGUGCAUGUGUACUCACUGGUCUUUGUGGCCUGCUGGCUACCGUAUCAUUUGGUGUUGUUCUUGUUGACACUGGACGAUCUGGACCCACACCUGUUUUCCUGCAACACAGUCGGGGUGCUGUACUUCUCAUUUAACCUUGUGCAAUGCUUUUCGCUCUUUCACUGCAUCGCCAACCCAAUCCUCUACAACUUCCUCAGUAAGAGCUUCCGCAACAGUCUAAUAAAUACAGUAAUCAGCCGGAUCUCUUUACCGCCGACCAGUGCGCCAAGUAAUGCUGUAAAUGACAAGGCAGGGACAACAGCAGUAAAAGAGCGAAAGCUCAGUAACGUCAGCACGAGUCACUCCGACAUUGGCGAGUGAAGAGGGAAUGUCCUAAAUGACGAUUUGGUGAAACACAGCAUGUGAAUGAGCUACAAAAUAAGUGGCCUUGUUGAGGCAGUUGUUUUUGGUCACCUGUCUGGUAACUAGCCCUAUUG